ACUGGAUACUGUGAAUGACAAUUCAGGAACUCCUGUUCACACCGCAUGCAGCGCAAAGAAGGAGGCGUAAACACUGACAUAGCUAGGUAGCCAACGAGGUAAGCAAUAAAACAACACUGAGAUUUAUUUGACCGGGACUUAUUGAAGGUUUGUAAACCUAGAAACUUUGACUAUUAAAAGCUGCUGCUGAAUGAACUUAUGCGGGUUUAUUUGGUAAAAACGCUGAGGUAUCGUGGUCUGCUUCUUCUAACGGAGCAUCAGGCUGUCAGUCCGGCCUGCUAACGCUAGCUCGUCACAACGACUUUGGUGUCUGCGCCCUGCGCGGGAAAUUUUGUUUUUACGGUAUAUCCAGUUAGAUAACCUUCAGAAGUAGUUUGUGGUUAACGAGCAGCAGCGUAAGACUCGGAUUGUGACUUUCCAAUCGGGGGAAAAAGCCCGAUCGUCGAUUGAACCGUGCUUCUUGGUCGUGAUCGUGAGGUGGUCUGCUAGCAUGUGUUAGCCAGCAGCACAAGUGUCUCGCGAGUGCGCAGGAAAAUCAACGUGACUAGGCCAGCGUUAGCGUGGCUUCAACCUUUGGCAUUUGAUGAUGUUUUUAAACGCUACAACAACUACAAGUCUCGCUUUAUAUUCCCAUUACUGUAUAUGGAUGAACCGAAGAAACGUUCACGCGGAGUUUCCUCCGCUACCUCCACCUUUGUUAGGACUCGCGAUCGCUUUGUAGCAGAAAUUUACCAUAACAGAAUGGGAUGUGACUGCCCCCUGAAGCUAGCUCAAAGUUAGCACUCAUCCCACUGCAUGGUUGGUGUGAUGGCCGCUUUUACACUCAUCUCAUGCGUGUUGCGCUUUAAUUCCCUUACAAACUGAACUCAAAUUAAACUUCUCUUCUUGUUAUUAAAGGUUCACCACUUAUUCUCAAAUUGAAAACAUUUCUACAAUUAUUCUCCAAACCACUGUUAUGUAAGAUAUAAGUUGUGGGCCCAUGUGCAUAUAUAGACUAAAUAAAGGCUACAAGUUUUAAUUUGAUGUGGUGCAGAAGUUGUAAAAAUCCACUUAAGCCUUGUUUUGUGGCUUGAUGUCGUCUUUUGGGGACAUAUCACUGGAAGCUGAUUACUCAUUAACUCCCAUUCUUCCUGGCUUGAUGUCUUUAGCACUGUCAGCAAACAGAAGUUUGGCCUAUGGCGCUCACAACAUGUUUCCAUUGACCAAAUCGUGUAAGUUAGCUGUGUAGUUAGUUUAAGUGUGAUGACCAAGUUGCUGGCAAAUAUACCCCCCUUUUUUUAAAUCCUAGAUUAGAUCCCCUGGUAGUCAUAAAUCACCUUCAACUGACUCCUGUGAAAUGUGCACUGUCAUUUGGCUCAGAUACAAAGUCUGUUGAAAUCACUUUAAGUUUAUUAGGGUUGUGUAUUGAAUGCAUUGAAAUCCUGUGCCUGUCUAAUUUUUUUUUUUAGACCUACAAGUGUGGUUACUUUCUGUUCAUGAGGCCAUGUGCACACACUGCAGUGAAAACAUCAGCAACAGCUGUUCAUAUCUGUCUGCAGUGUUUUAAAGAGCAGCAUAUGUUGAUGAGUGAUUUACAGAUCAAUAGAGUUUCAAGCCUCUCUUGAAAAAUAAUAUGCGCUGGAGAGCGAGAGCCUCGGUGCAAUGUUGCUUCUAGUAUCAAAAAUUUAGGCUUCUCCUGGCAAUAUAAUAGUGCCAACGAAUGUGCUUCAAUGUUAAAAUCAAACUUUUUAAUUUGCAAGAUUGUUAGUGAGAACAAAGCACCAGGUCAAAUAAAAUAAACGCACUCCUUUUCCAUUCCUCUCAAUUGUAUUGUUAGUUUCCAUUGUGGGUUGUUGUUGUUAAAUCCUCCUAGCAUGAAUUAUGUUUAGAAUUGAAUGUCAAGAUUUCAUUUUGGACCAAUACUGAUUUCUGAUGUCUGUUUAUGAUUUCUUUAGGUCAUGGAGAUGAACAGCAACAGCGAGUGCUUCGGAUGCGGCCGCUCCGGGCACUGGAUCAAGCAUUGCCCUAAUGCCAGUGGUUCACGUGGACGCGGCAGGGGUCGGGGACGUGGCAAGGGUAAUUUGCAAAAUUUCUUGGUCCCCGGUGAAAGAUGAAUAACAGAUGUCUUGAUAUGUUAGACUUGUCAGUUAGAAGUGAAAGUAAAAGUAGUUCUCAGCAUGAUAAGCGAAAAAAGGUCAUGGAAGAUAUGUAAUCUGUGAGAAAAGGUAGUAGUUUUAUAACCUGUGUCCCUUUUGUCAUCUCUGCAUACUGACUUGUCAUUACAGAGCUCUUCUGUUAUCGGUGUGGAGACCAAGGACACAUGGCCAGGGACUGUGACCAAACUGAGGAUGGUGUGUAUUGCAUUUCUUUUUGUUUACAUUUCUUAUUCCAGUUUGUUGGUUUGAAGUAGUUCGAUCUUCAAAAGUAUCCACGAUGUUUAACAUUUGCGAUCUACAAUUACAUAUAUUUUAAUGCAUAUAAGAAGCUAUACAUUUCUGUUUGCUUUGUUCUCGAUGCAGCGUGCUACAACUGCCACAGAAGUGGGCACAUUUCUCGGGACUGCAAGGAGCCCAAAAAGGAGAGGGAGCAGCUCUGCUACACCUGCGGCAAAGCUGGUCACAUGGCCCGGGACUGUGAUCAUGCUAAUGAGCAGAAGUGCUACUCCUGCGGUGGGUUUGGUCACAUCCAGAAGCUUUGCACUCAGGUGAAAUGUUACAGGUGGGUGUUAAUUCAGUUACUGUAAGUAUUAGGGCUUAAGAUAAACAUUUUUCAGCUUUUAGUCUUCUUUUGAGUGGUUUGCAACCAGCAUACCGUUAUAAAAUUAUGCUCAAGUAUUUUACUGAGAAGAAGAGACUUGGAGAAACAAGCAACCACCACAAUGUGCAAAGCAUUCUGGAUAUGUAGCAAAGCCCAACACUAUAGGAGCACCGCUUGUUAAUGCUUUUCUCCUUUGUUGUAUCAUAACCAUGCAUGCAAAGAAUACUAUUUUUUAGAUUAAUCUUGCGGUGUGUUAGCUGGAUAGAAAGACUCCUCAAUCUUAGGAUGAAUGACCAGCAUCGUGGGAUGAUGCUAGUCUUCCCAGUGAUUAAGUCAAGAGUAGUGGGUCUGUCUUUAGCUUACAACUAUUAAGGCCUCUAUAGAUGAAGCUCAACUAUCAUAUAGGUAGGUUGCAAGGUGGCGUUAACAGAUGAUACCAGGGGGAGCUACAUACCUGUGUAGAGUUCUUGAAAAACUCCCAAAACUGACUGAUGAUAUCUAGGUGGGACUUAAAUUCUAGAUAUGACACUGGUUUUGUGGAGCUCGUUAAAUUAGACCUGUUUGUUUCAAAUCAACAAACCUGUGUGUAAUUUCUUUUUUUUUCCUCCAUUUUUGUUUCAACACGUGGGCCACUUUUGUUCCUGGUCAGGUUUUUCUGUGUUUUUUAUAUCUUAACUAAAGCAUUGUUCUGUUUCUUUUUUCCCACAGGUGUGGUGAAAUUGGUCACGUUGCCGUGCAUUGCAGUAAAGCCAGCGAGACUAACUGCUACAACUGUGGAAAGGCAGGCCACCUGGCAAAAGAGUGCACCAUCGACACCACCGCAUAAUCAGUGCCCUCUGUUGCCCCUCCUUUUUUCAGAUUGAUGGUUGGUUGUAUUAUUUUCUCUGAAUCCUCUUCACUGGCCAAAGGUUGGCUAACAGAGGCUAGUCCCAGGCCAGUGAGCCUCUCGACAUGUAAUACAAAGAAAGGGGUGAAAAAAAUAUCUUUUCUGCAUUCAAUACAAAAAUGUUUUAGUCUGGUAGCGGUGUUAUGUAUAAUGCUUUGUUAAAGAACCCCCCUUUCCAAGCCACUGGUGAUCAGAGAUGAAUAAAUGGGACUAAACAUAUGGGAAUCUAUAGGACCUCUGAGCUUGUGGAUGUGAGCCUCAGUAAAAUGAGAGAAGGGAGUAAAUGGAAACCGAACUUCCAUGUAUGGUUAUUUUGGUUUGUUUUAGUGGGAUUUGAGUUGGCCAAGAGAGUAUGACAUGGAAACAGUUCAUAACAUGAUGCAUUUCAGCCCUACAAGCAGCUGGGCGAUAACAAACUACAUGUUAUAUUGCUAAGAUAUAAAAAUUUUGGAGGUAUUAAAAGAAACACGUUCUUUUAUAGAAAUCUGUUUACAAUUUAAAUAUCACUUGGUAGUCCAAGGUAGACAUUUCCUUUUAAAAAUGGCUUUGGAAAUUUGUUUUCCUUUUUUUUUUGUGUUUUUUUCGUUUUUUACCUUGGCAAAUUUAACAUCAAGAACAGUCGUCAGAACAGCAGAAUUAGGAGUUAUUUGGGAAUGAAAAAUGUUUUCACAGAAAUCAAAAUGUUAUUUUUGUACAAUAUCACUUAGACUACUGUAUAAAUACCAUUUGCUUGUACUCAGUUUUUAAGUCGGAAGGAAAGUGCAACUGAAGUCCUAGAAAAUAGAAAUGUAAUUUUAAACUAUCAAUAAAGCUGGAGGAGCACGGGGAGGACCUUCUUGUCUGAUUUCUUGGAU